UAAAGCCACAACAAAAUUUGAAGAAUAUGUUAGAAAUUUUUAUGGGUAAUGGUUUUUUUCUUUUUUUCUGAGUUUUAGGGUUGAGAUUUAUUGUAAUUAUACUGCUGCAACCGAAUAGCUGAAAGGCGGUGAGGGAAAAGGAAAAAUCGUCGACAGCAGAAAAUCAUGGGAAAUCGGCACCGGCAGAAAAUCCCAGUGUGAAUUCCCGGCAUGUGGUUCCUACAAACAUUUUAAUAUUUAUAGAAGCUCAAUAUUGGACUGCAAGGGUCUCCUCCACUUGAUUGAUUGCUUCAUGCAAGGCGGUGUUGCCUUCUCCUGCGAGUGAACGCCUGGAAUGGAAAACUCUUAGACGGUGACCGGAUGAGCGCGAGACAAUUCCGGCACGGAUAAUGGGACAUCGUGGAGUUCGGUCAUGCUAGAACUCCGUAUCUGGUUUUGCUGGAUGACCAAUGGAAAGCAGACGAAAGCUAUGCUCUAUACAAGGUGCUUCAGAAUGUUUGAUGGCUUCUCCUUCUGAAAUUGGAAGCAACAAGAAAAGUGCAGAGUGGAUUUUAGAGUACAUUAUCAGACACUGCAAUGAGGAUUGGAUUAUUUCCGGACUCAUUAGAGCCCUUCCUAUUUCAAAUGAAAAUUUUAAGCUCAAGAAAAUGAUGCUGCUGAAGAGUAUUUCUUCAGACCUUUCGAAGGGCAUCAUUUCUGAGAAAACCCUAGAAACUCUUCAGUCGUUCAAGGAUCUUAACAGACAAAUAUAUAGAGAUUCCAACAGCGAAAAAUUAAUACAGGAAUUGUGUUGUAAAGUAGCUGUGGAGUGUACUGUGAAAUUUUUGAGGGGGACCUGCAAAAUCAACUGGGAUGGUUAUAAUGAUGCUUUAUGUAAGCUAUGGACUUAUCGCGCCGAGGACACCGAAGAUGUAGAAAUGGACGGUGCAUUUAUUGACGUAAAGAAGGAGCUUCUUGCCGUUGCUUCUAAUCCUAAGCUUCGGGAAAGGCUUCUCGAAAAAUAUAAGCAAGACGAUGUUUUCAAGUGUUUGGAUGCAUUUUUAAAGGAUUCGUGGGAAGAAAUGGGUCCAUCGUUCUUAGAAAUUGUAGCUGAAGAUGUGGUGCAGGGAAGGUAUAAUCCCAUAGCUGGACAAGAUUCAAAUCGCGGUGUCAUUACUGCAAGAAUGGCAGUUCCUUCAUGUGAAGCGGGGGGUCUUGCUUGUAGAGUGCCUGACAACAAUGAGGAAAUCACUUCAACGUUUCCUCCUCCUUGGGCUGAUUUCCAUCCCUGUGCAGGGCCUGAUAUGAGCAAGGACAAGAAGAAUACGGCAUGCAACUUAAAAGAGAACCAAGCAAUCUCGUCAAAAACAAGAGAAGCAAGCAAUUCCAGUGGUCAACCUUUAUCUGAUAGAACGUUUUCUGAUCACGAACCCAUUAGCAUUAAUUUAGAAAAAACUCAAAUACCCAGACAAGAUGAUCCAGUGAGAAAGGAAGCAACAGCCGCUCAAGAGAGGGGGAAAGAAAGUGUGCCUGAUCUUGAUGAUGUAAAUGCCCAUAAGAGGCCUAGAUUGGGGACGGAUAAUAUUUCUAACAGCAAACAGUUACUUACUCCUGAUGGAAAGUUUCCUGAUUGCCAACCCAUUAUUAAUAAUUUAGAAAAAACUCAAAUACUCAGUCAAGAUGAUCCAGUGAGAAAGGAAGCAACAGCUGCUCAAGAGAGGGGGAAAGAAAGUGUGCCUGAUCUUGAUGAUGUAAAUGCCUGUAAGAGGCCUAGAUUGGGGACAGUUAAUAUUUCUAACUAUAAACAGUUACUUACUCCUGAAUAUGUCCGAGUAAAAGAGGAUCUAAGAAGAAGUACUUCAGAAUUGCAUGCACUGGUGGAAGAUCCAUUGCCCAAUGCAGUGCAAGUUGCUGAAAGUUGUGCAGCAAGGGAAGAAGGUUUUCGUAGUGCUGUCCAUUUAGAUGGGAAAAGGCAAUUAGAAAAGCAAAUCAACGAAGUUGAAAAAACCAUAUUGCCAGAAAACAAUACGGGUUUGGAUAAUGAGGCUCAACAUCUGGAGGAAAAAGAGAAUAGAAAUCAAAGUGGAAAGUCUGGUGGUGGACCAGUAAAAGUCAACAUAAUGGAUCGAAACCCAACAGCUCGCACCUUUGAGUGGGACGAGCAAGACACAAUUGAUAGUGAACAGGAUAAAUCUCCGUCUGCUUCAAGGAAACUUCGUUUGCCUACUCCUGUUAGAAAACAUGUUUCUCCAUUGAAGCGCUCUCACACAUCAGCUUAUAUUUCUUUUAGGAGAAAACCCACCAAAUGGAGUUUGGUUGAAGAAGAAACUUUGAAAAAGGAAGUAGCAAAGUAUGGUAAGCGUUGGAAAUAUAUUCUUGAAAACAAUCGGGAUAUUUUUGAAGAGAGGACUGAGGUUGAUCUUAAAGACAAGUGGCGAAAUAUUGAAAGACGAGAUGGACUUCAUGCUUCUUAAGGUCAAAUCACUACGUGCAUCCAGACGAACUUUCUACUUCACAUGCAUAAUUGCCUUGGCACAUGCACGACUAUUGUCACAUGCAAAACUGCUUGACAAUAACACGAUAUGUUUAUUCUUGAAGGUUUUUCAUUGUACAAAAUGAUGUUUGUUUUAAGGGAUUUCUUAUUUUCUUCAUGAAGUAGUUUAUUUUCUAGAUCUUUAUGGAUCAUACCUUCCUUUUUUUGGAGGCUCUUCUUCCCAUGAAAGCCUAGUGGCUUAGAAGAUGUGUGAAAAUUCCCCUUCUUUCUCCAUGAGUAUCAUCUUUCUUUUCUCGUCAACUUUCUCCAAGAUGGUGAAAAGUCGAUAUCUUAAAGGUUUGAACUUUUUUUGUCUUGUCCUGGGAAGUUCCUUUGCUCCAAUAUAUCCUUGAGGGAAUGAGAAGGGAGGGAAAGUGUAAUAGAGCUAAAACGGAAAAUUGUAAUUUGAGUUCAGAUAAAUAAGCUACUUACUCAAAAGGGGUGCUAAUAUUUAGCUAUA